GCAUAAAAAUUCUGUUUCACACAAGAUAGACCUUAAAAAGUCAUUUCUUCGAAUACCUGUUGAACUUCCAACGGGGAAUCGGAUUCGCCAAGCCGCGAUUACAUAAUAAAUAUAUGGAUCCGACCAAAUCCGGAGAGCCGAUAUUAUCGGACAGGGUCCUGGUUAACGGCAGUGAGACGACGGCGACUCUGACUGCCCGAGGUCAACUCCGGUGGUCUGAUCUGAGUCUGGAUGUAGAGAAGGAGGUAAUCGGGUUUUCAGUCGAGGGUUCGAAGAUUAAAAUCAGAAUUGUAGUUGAGUGUACGGCUGGAAUAUGCUGUUUUGCCAAACCAGCCAUGACGAGGAAGAAUUUCACUCUUGAAUUCUCGUCAGAUAGUUCUCUCCACUCAUGGGCUCAAAAACUCCACGAAAUUAUCGACGGUCUAGGUAGACCAAAGAGGCUAUUUAUAUUUGUGAAUCCUUACGGCGGGAAGAAAUCGGCAUUGAAGAUUUUUGAGACCGAAGUAAGGCCUUUACUUGAUGAUGCUAAUAUUGACUUCACAGUGCAAGAAACUAAAUAUCAGCUUCAUGCAAAGGAAGUUGUUCAAGAGCUGGAUAUUAAAAAGUACGAUGGAAUUGUUUGUGUUAGUGGAGAUGGAAUUUUGGUCGAGGUAGUUAAUGGAUUGCUCAACAGGGAGGAUUGGGAUGCUGCUAUAAAGAUUCCUCUUGGAGUAGUACCUGCAGGAACCGGAAAUGGCAUGAUAAAGUCGCUUCUAGAUUCAGUUGGUCAACCUUGUGCAACAUUUAAUGCUACCCUUGCUGUUAUUCGAGGGCAUAGGCGUUUGCUGGAUGUAGCUACUAUAUCACAAGGAGACACUAGAUACUUCAGUGUGUUGAUGCUCGCGUGGGGUCUUGUUGCUGAUAUUGACAUUGAGUCUGAAAAAUACAGGUGGAUGGGGAGUGCUCGAAUAGAUUUCUAUGCCCUUCAGCGAAUAUUUGGCCUUAGAAAGUAUGAUGGAAGUAUAAUUUUUGUGCCCGCUUCCGGCUUUGAAACUUAUGGAGAACCACUCGACCAUGCAGAUGAUAUCAUUGUUAAAAUUGAAAGCGAAAGUAAUUCUGAUAUGGAACCCACCAGGACUCAACAGUAUGGUUAUCAUGGUCCUAAUGUUGAUAUAAAAAGUUUAAACUGGCACAAGAUCGAUGGCCCUUUUGUUUCAAUCUGGCUUCAUAACGUACCGUGGGGAGGUGAAGAUGCUAUGGCAGCACCUGAUGCUGAGUUUUCGGAUGGUUGUUUGGACUUGAUCAUGAUAAAGGACUGUCCAAAGUUAUCCUUGCUAAAUAUAAUGACUGAGUUGAGCAAUGGUGGCCAUGUCAAAUCCCCAUAUGUAUCUUACCUCAAGGUGCAUCGAUCGUUCUAAUCACAACAUCAAUUUCCAUUCAUUGCUGCUAAUAUUUGGUGAAGGCUCUUGCCUUACAGCCUGGCUUCCGAACUGAGGAUCCGGCCAAGGGUGGGAUCAUCGAUGUGGAUGGUGAGGUUCUGGCCAGAGGUAAAGGAACAUACAAGUGUGACCAGAAGAGCUUGAUGACUUAUGACAAACUGCUCAUUAAAGUGGAUCAGGGGCUGGCUACUGUGUUUUCACCCAUUUAACAUUUCAAUGUUAUUGAAUUCAUCUUAUCAUGCACUUUCACCCGUUUGAGAUGAGAUGAACGGAUGAAUAUUUUCUGUAUGGAAGAAGAGAUGAGAGGAGAGAAAACAAGAAGAUAAAGAAAGAAAUAUUUCUGCAUUGUAAUUGUAACUCGUGAAUGGCUUUUUUAUGCUUAAUUAAUGAAGUUUGAAAUAUAAUAUUAACCCAA